ACUCAUUUUCUUAGAUGAAAUUCCGGUCAAAUGAUACUCAUUCCUCGAGCGGCAAGGGUCCAGUGAAAAUGGCGCAAAUAUUUCAUAUACUAGUGAACAUUUUCAUUCUUACUUUUAGAUUAGCCGAUGGACAGAAUUCGUUGGAUGAAAAUUCAGUUGAUCCAGAUCUUCUAUUAAGAAUCGACCAAAUGUUGGAAAAGCAUGGGUAUCCGGUAGAAAUUCACGAAAUAAGUACCAAAGAUGGAUACCUGUUGACACUUUUCAGGGUUCCGCAUGGUAAAAACGAUACUGAAGUGAACCCCAAACCAAUUCUCAUGAUGCACGGUCUGGCAGGGACAGCAUAUAAUUUCGUUUUUACUGAGUAUUUCAACGUGAGUAUGGCGGGCUAUUUUGCCGAUCGAGGAUACGAUGUCUGGCUUGGAAAUACCAGAGGAACCACUUAUGGCAGGAAACAUAUUCACCUUGAUCCCAAUAAAACUAAAUUCUGGAAAUUCAGCUGGCAUGAAAUUGGAUUAUAUGAUUUGUCUUCGAUCGUUGAUUAUAUCCUAAACGUAACAAGGAGAAACAAUUUGUAUUAUGUUGGGCAUUCUCAGGGAGGAACUAUAUUUUAUGUCUUGACAUCUUUGAGACCGGAGUAUCAGAAAAAAUUCGCACAAGUAUCUCUUAUGGCACCUGGUGGUUUAAUGGGACAUUUCAACAAUUCUUUGAUGCUUUCACUCUCAAAGAGACAUAAAAUGUUAUACAAAAUGGCUGAAAAUGCAAAUUUAUUCGAAAUACCACCUCCUUGGAUGAGUUUAAGCGAAUUUACUUACAAAAUCUGCAUUGGAACUAUAAUGCAAAGUUUUUGUGAAGCGGUUUUCUUCAUAAUAAAUGGAAGAUCUGAAGAUAUCGAUGUGAAAUUAUUUCCCAUGUUGCUAAAUACACUCACAUCUGUAGCAACAAUGCAACUCCUCCAUUAUGCACAGAAUAUAGAUUCAGUAAAAUUCAGACAGUGGGAUUAUGGAACAGAAAAGAAUAUAGAAGUUUAUGGGCUUCCUGAACCUCCAGAUUAUCCAGUGGAAAAUAUAAAAAUUCCAGUAACAAUUUAUUAUGGAUACGGUGACACUGUAGCUUUUGCAGGGGAUCAAGAAGACAUGUGCCGUCGACUAAGAAACUGUACUAAAUACAUGAUGCCAAAUCCUAAAUGGAAUCAUUUAGAUUUCCUAUUAUCUAAGAACAUGGAAAAAGAACUUUUUGAGCCUUUGAUGGAGUAUAUGGAAACUUUCAAGAUUUCGUGAAACUAAAACAGAAUCUAAUAUAAGAAGUACAUCCACAAGAAUAUAAUAAUUACAAUUA